AUGAGCGAGCUGCUCGACUACAUCCUUCGGCACGAGGAUGCGUUCAGAAGAAACCGCCUGCCGUCCCUCUACUCCGAUUUCGCCCUCCAGAAGAAAACCAACCCCGAUGGGUAUGCCAUCAAUGUCGCCGCCUGGGAACAAGCACUGAACCGCGCUGCAAAGCGUGGAUACACUUCUUCGCGGGGUGUGCGCGUACGCUCCGGGUCAGCAUCGUCACAGAAUAUCGGUAGACCGAGUCGCAAGAAGACGGAUCAUCUCAUUCUUCGGACGGAUGAGUCACUAUUACGAGAUCUCGAACUUCCAGAAUUGGGGAGGCCAGUUGCGCUUGGAGCUGUCUUUAACGAGGCAAUGAAGAAGCGAACCAUGGUGCCCUUGCCGAUGUACAAGACCGACGCAGGGUUCCUGAAGAAGACCCAGUGGGAAAUAAUUGACCCCGGGGCUUUGAACCCUUGGAAUGUUAUGAGCUGGGGUCUGCGCCAGUUAAAGGGCAUUGUGGUGGGUUCAGAUGAAUCGGCACCCAAGUUGCAGGUCCAAGAGUUGGUCUUGGUGGAAAACUUACAGGAAGCAGCAGACUUGGUUGUCAAAAGGGCCGUUGGCCACAAGCCAUCAAAACUUGACCUUAUAUUUUCGAAAGAAAGCUUUGUCGAACAUUUCGCCGACGUGCUACAUGACAUUACAGAACUCUCAGAUUUAGACUUUGAUGUUCUUUUGACUUAUUUGUCUCGCGAUACUGGCAAGAUCGCAUAUGAUGGGAAGACUAUCAAAUUCAAGUCUGCAGAUGACUCGUCAUAUAUCACGCAACAAGAUACGACUAUUGCUUCUAUCAAGACCCUCGUCUCGACAAUGACAAAGCAGAUCGAGGGCCUGGAACAAAAGAUCGCAGAAUUGACAGCAUCUGCGAAAACGGCGCUGGCCAACAAAAACCGCAUUUCAGCACUUGGGGCAGUGCGUUCCAAGAAACUCGUUGAGCAUAAUCUGCAACAACGUCUAAAUGCCCUUGCGCAACUCGAGGAGGUCUAUUCCAAAAUCGAGCAAGCCGCUGGACAGGUCGAAAUCGUGCAAGUCAUGGAAGCGAGCACUGGUGUCCUUCGUGGCCUGCAUGCCCAAAUUGGAGGUGCAGAGAGAGUGGAAGAUGUGGUCGAGGAAUUGCGUGAGGAGAUGAGUAAGGUGGACGAGGUUGGCAGUAUCAUGAAUGAGACUGCGCCCGUAAUCGAUGAAGGUGAAAUCGAUGACGAGCUCGAGGCACUAGAGGAGAGUGGACGAAGGGUGAAGGAGGAAGAACAAGCGGAAGAGACACGGCAGAGACUGGCCGAGCUGGAUAGCUUGAAACAGGCAUCGGCCGAAGCAGCUCGUCAAGCAAAAGGAGACAAAGACGCCGAGGCUCUGUUGACUGGCAGACUGUCAAAUCUAUCGGUGGAAGACCGCCCAAUGGAAGCCAAGUAG